AUGUCUCCACUAGCCAAGGACCCCGAGCAAGUCGCGCGCAUCAUGCUAUCCUGGCACGCGCUCGACCUGAUCUCCUGCACCAGAUUGCAAACCUUGUGGGCAGGGUACGGGAGUAUCUGCGCGGUCCAAGCACGAGCCACGACCGACAUUGCGGCCAAGCAGCUCAGCGAGCUGUGUGGUCUUGAACCAGGUAUUGCUGGGAGCACUUACCCCCUGGUGUUGAAGCUCAUCUCACCACCCGCCAACAACAACAACAACUCGGAUCUCAACGAUGAGGGCCAUUUGCGAAAGAUGCUCAGCUAUGAGGUCGAACAAGCCUUUUACAAUGACAUUGUACCCUUGCUUGGAGACGAUAUUCCGGUCGCGAAGUGUCUUGCCUCGACGCGGGAUAUGAAGGGCCAGAAAGGCGCCGUGGAGCUAGAGGGUCUGUUGGCUACGCUUAUGGUGGAUUUGUCGCUUGAGUUCCCUGUCUCUGGAGGAAAGAGAGGGGCCUUGAAUCCGAGGCAGGUCCACGCAGCGCUAGACUGGCUGGCUCGUUUCCACCGACGAUCGUGGACUUGGCUCCCAGACAGCCUCACCCGAUAUGUUCUCCCGCCUACGGAUGAGCAGAGGAAAAGAGCGAAAGAAAAUGGCUGCCAAGAAAAGACCACCCAUCGUGGCAUUUGGCUGAACGGUGGAUAUACAUAUCUUGCAACACGGCGGCGAGAGUAUGCUUCCCUGGCUGAUGACUCGGAUUCGGAAUGGUCUGACCUCUUGUGUCAACCAUAUUGUGGUUCCUCCAUGUCUGCCGCUGAGAUGACAGCAUUGUUCUUAACCCCAUCUGGAAGAGCCACUGAGUCAUAUAUACAUGGCGACGUCAAGUCUGAGAAUCUGUUCACCACAGUUACCGGUGAUCGAGUCGCAUUCUACGAUUUCCAGUAUGUUGGAUUAGGCCUGGGUGUCUGUGAUCUUGCGAAGCUGUUCACCUGUUCUGUGCAAAUGACAGAGCUUGUCGAUUCAAAAGAGCAAUUGCCUGACCGACUGGACAUGGGAGUUGGCGAAAAACGUCUUUUAGAACAAUACUACCGUACCUUGACCCAGGAUCAAAGCUCGGACUUUUAUGAAUGGGACUCCUUCAAACGCCACUGGGAGACAGCUCUGGUCGAUUGGUGUCGGUUCCAGGCCUCCUGGGGAUUCUGGGGUAACACGAACUGGCUCGAAGCACGUGUGAGAUCUAUUCUUAAUGAUGCAGACUGGAGCAAUUGGCUCAUUUCGACAAUUCACGCAAAGCCAUUACAGACUUAG